AUGGACGCGAAUGGCAGGAGGAAUGAGGAUGCAGAGAGUACCGCCGCAAGCACCUCGGAGACGGCAGGCAUCAAUGGACUUUACGGCAAUCGUGCUCAGAACGCCAUACGCGGCAUGCUGGGGCCGCAGGGUCAGGCGGGCGCACGUGAGUCGAGGGCCGUGCCCAUCCUGGGCAGAGCCACUGUGGGUGGGACGAGGUACACGUGUGACCGAUCCACGGACUUUGAAAACUGGCGGCACGUUUGCCCGGCGCCGGUGGGGUGGCACCUGUCGAAACUGGGAAGUGUCACCUGCAAGAUGCCGAACGACAUCAAUGAAGCGGUGGAAUCCCUGCAGCUUCAAAUAAUUAAAGGGUGUAACGCCUUUGAGCUAUAUGGAAGCAUGUCUGACGUUCAUCAGAGUAUUGCCCCGCGCCUUUUAUGA